GGCGAAACAACAAAUAUGGCUGUGCUUAGAAUAUUCCGUUGUCAUCAGCUGAUUCUUCUUCUAUUCUUCGUUUUCCUGAAUAAAGGUAUGUGCCCUGGGGGGUCAGUGCUAAAAUGGGCUCCUCGAAAAAACGGCAGCGACACCAACUGCGACGACCCGUACCACCCCGCCCACUCGAAGUACGCCGAGAACUGCCAGGUGCCCAAGGAAGACCACAUCGGCGAAUUCCCCCCAACUUCGCCCCUUUUAAGAUCAGCGGGGUCUUUAGAUUCUGGCGAAUCUCUGAUGAUCCGGACCUGCGUGUUGGAGAAUAUGGACUCCCAGUGUGGCGUGUUCAAGUUCGGAGACGAGCAACUCAAGGGCUGCAUCCUCACCUGCGAGUACGACGGCUGCAACCCCGCCUCCAGAAGCAGAGUGGUGCUGGGCCUCCUUCCCCUUCUGGCCACCACAAUACUCCUCCUUCGCUAAAAGUGGUUCCUUCUGGCUUUUCCUUUUCCGCUCAUCUUUAUCCUACCAUCUCGUCUCUCUUCAUGGCAGCUGAAAGUGUCACUCUGUCUUUAUCAGCUCUCAUGUCAGAGACCUAGCACUCACGUCUUUCCUUCUGAUGGCACAAAGUAAACUUAUAUUCAUG